AUGUCGGGUAAAAGUGAUAUUUGGAAUCAUUUCAUAAAAAAAGACUCAGGAGGCAAAUGCAAAUAUUGUCACCAGGAAGUAAAAACUAAGGGAAACACAACAAACUUGCGUAAUCAUUUGUUAAGACGUCAUCCAACAAUUCAGACCGUAAGUCUCAAAAAGAAGAGUGAAAGUGGUGGUGGCAAUUGUGGUAAUGCACGAAAUGGUGAUGGACAAGUUUUUGAUGACAUGGCUUUAGGCAUCGUACCAGUUCCAGAUUCUCAAAAUGUUGAUAAUUCGGAUACUGAAAGCGUGGCUUUUUCUUCUGUCUCUGUAUCAGUCUUAAAACAGACAACAUUGGCAUCUUGCUUAACAAAUAUAAAAUCAUUUCUAGAACCACACAAUGCUGACUACUUAGCACAAGUAAUUAUUAAUGUGACAGAAAAAUGGGACGUCACAAGUGACAAAUUGGUAGCGUUUAUCACCGACAAUGUCGCUAAUAUCGUUAAAGCAGUCACAAAUGUUUAUGGCAAAAAUAAACACAUGCCAUGCUUUGCUCAUACAUUAAACCUAGUAGCAUCACAACCAUUUGACAAUAAGGAUGGACUAGACGAAGCCAAGAAUUUAUUAACAGCUGUUAAAGAUAUUACUACAUAUUUUAACCAAAUACAAAUGCUGCUGACUCUUUAA